AUGCAGACUAACGGCCGCCCUGUGUUUCAGGAGAGUGGGGUCGCCCAUCCCGCCGCCCGCCCCAUGCUUCAACAGCCGCCCUUCCUGGACCCCUUCUCCGCCCACGCCCAAGCCAUGUCCGCCGAGUGCGAGAGCGCGCCCCCGCAGUCGCUCGCGGGCGCCGCCAAGCCCCUGGUGGGCGCACCCGCCCUCUCCACGUCCGCCUCGCCGCCGGACCGCCACAGCGCGGCGGGAAUCAGCUACGAGGGCCGCGUGUCCGUCAUCCCGCCGCUGGCCGGCUACGAGGCCACGAUGAGAGCCGCCAUGGAGCUCGACCGCGCCCACGCCCACAGUGAGCGCGGCCACUACGACCCCCUUCAGAUGCAGCAGGAGCUGCGGCGCCUGUACGAGCAGCGCGUCCGCCUGCAGGAGGCCUCGCACCUGUACGCCGCGCAGCGCGAGGAGCACGCGCAGCAGGCCUACGCGCAGCACGACGCCCUCACGCCCAAGGAGGAGCCCAUGAGCGUCGCCCACGAGGAGGACGAGCAGCAGGACGUGGACAUGAGCGACGCCCGCGCCCCCUCCCCCCCGCAGCCGAUCUCCGAGGCGGAGCAGCACCUGGAGGCCGGCGAGUCGCCCGACCUGCCCACCGACUCGGCGCGCACGCAGGCGCACGCGGCCGAGGAGCAGAACGACUCGUUCCGCGGCUACGAGUCGGCGUUCCGCCACGGCGAGGACGCGCUGUCCCCGUACGGCGAGAGCUACCAGGGCAGCGACGAGCGCAUGCCGUCCAGCGUGGAGGCCGACGUGCACGACGACUCCAUGGACUCGUCGUGCAUCCCCGACGGCGGCGACAUGAACCCGCUGUCGCGCCUGCAGCACGCGCUCGAGCUGUCGGGCGUGAUGGGCAAGGAGGGCGAGGGCGGCGACAAGCAGGCGUUCCAGUGCCACCUGUGCUCGUACUCGGGGUCGUCGCGCUUCCACUUCGACGCGCACCUCAACACGCACUACGACCACAAGUGCGCCAAGUGCGAGUUCACGGCGCGCACGGAGCCCAAGCUGCGCGAGCACAUGCAGGACGAGCACGGCCUCAGCCCCGACUCCAACGAGGACCUGGAGGGCAUCCGCGUGCCCCGCGUCAACGCGCAGGGCAAGGUCAAGACCUUCAAGUGCAAGCAGUGCGAGUACGUGGCCAUCACCAAGGGCGACUUCUGGGAGCACGCGCGCACGCACAUCAAGAGCGAGAAGCUGCUCACGUGCCCCAAGUGCCCCUUCGUCACGGAGUACAAGCACCACCUCGAGUACCACCUCAGGAACCACUUCGGCUCGAAGCCCUUCAAGUGCAACAAGUGCAACUACUCGUGCGUCAACAAGUCCAUGCUCAACUCGCACAUGAAGUCGCACAGCAACAUCUACCAGUACCGCUGCGCCGACUGCACGUACGCCACCAAGUACUGCCACUCGCUGAAGCUGCACCUGCGCAAGUACGGCCACAACCCCGCCAUGGUGCUCAACCCCGACGGCUCGCCCAACCCCAUCCCCAUCAUCGACGUGUACGGCACGCGCCGCGGCCCCAAGCUCAAGAAGGACGAGAACGGCAUGCCCAUCCUGCCGCCGCACUACCAGAUCCAGGCGCAGCUGCUCAAGGCGCAGAUGCAGGCCGGCGCCACGCUCCCGCAGGCCCCGCAGACGCCCACGUCGCCUCGCGAGGGCUCCAAGCCGCCGCAGGGCCGCACGCCCGCCGCCAUGCCGCAGACGCCGCGCGCGCCGCCGCCGCACUCGCCCUUCUCGUACCCUUACCCCAGCAUGAUCCCCAACUUCCAGAGCUCGUCGCCCAUCCUGUCGCGCGCCCUCGAGAAGUCGCCCGAGGAGGCCCCGAAGGCGCUGGAGGGGCGCGAGCAGCUGCGCGAGCUCCUCCUGGAGCGCGAGCGCCUCACGCAGAAGAACCCGCUGUCGCCGGGCGGCGCCUUCAAGUGCCCGCAGUGCGAGUUCAGCACGGACCUGCGCGAGGUGUUCUCGCAGCACGUGCUGCUGCACGCCGCCGCCGAGCGCCGUGACGACGCCGACGACGGCGCGCUCUCGCCCAAGCCCCUGGAGCGCUCCCUGUCGCCCGAGCGCCGCCCCGCGUCGCCGCGCGCGCCAGCCUUCCACCCGCACCAGGCACUGCAGCCGCCCGCCAGCGAGCCGGGCGCGCCGUACUCGCCCCUGGCCGCCGCCCACAACCUGAAGGAGUACCUGGCCCGCGCCAUGAACCCGUUCCUGUACCAGCAGAUGAUGAGCGGCCAGAUCCACCCGGCGCUGGGCCUGCAGCAGCACCUGCAGCGCUUCGCCCACCCCGCGCUGCAUGGGCCGCGCCUCACGCCCGCCGACGACGAACACGGCGCCGCCCACGAGCCGCCCCAGGGCUCCCCGCACGAACCGCACGCCCACCCGCAGGCGCACUCGCCCAACGACGACGGCGUGCUGGACCUGAGCAAGGAGCAGACGCCGCCGCAGCAGGGCUCUGACCUGCGGAAGGUGCCGUCGUCCGAGCCGCGCUCCGAGUCGCAGGCGUCGCUGUCGCCGCACCACUCGUCGCCGCAGUCGUCGUCGCCGCCGCGCUCCGAGACGUCCACGCCGCCCUCCAAGAGCCGGCGGAAGGGCCGCGCCUUCAAGCUGGAGCGCAUCGCAAUGCGGCUGAGCGAGAGCGCCGAGGGCGAGAGCAGCGGCCACGACGAGGACUCGCGCCGCGACGACGAGGAGCCGCCGCGCCGCCCGACGGAGGCCUCCCUGCCGCCGCUGGUGCCGCUGGAGCCGCUGCAGGACGACGACGCCCACCACGCCCAGGAGAUGCAGGAGGAGUCACAGCAGCCGCACCCGGAGCAGUGGAGGGGCGCCCACCAGUGCCAGUUCUGCGACAUGGCCUUCAAGGACGUGGUCAUGUACACCAUGCACAUGGGCUACCACGGCUACCGCAACCCCUUCACGUGCAACAUGUGCGGCCACCAGGCGGCCGACAAGGUGGCCUUCUUCCUGCACAUCGCCCGCUCCUCGCACUCGUAAGGGGCGCGUCCUCGCUACCUCCCCCAAGGGAGAGAGAACAAAGACGGAAAGAAGACAGAGCAAGAAGGAAAGGUUUUCCCGUUUCUUCAGACUUGGCGUCGUUCUUCAAGUCGCUCUCACGGGUUCGGCGUUGUGACUCCCAUGAUCUCACCGAGUUCGACUUCAUGAUGAUCUCACCAGCUGGCGCCCAGAGAC